AUGGAAGUGUACGAAGCCAAGUACGAUUACUGCGAUGAGUGUGGGGAUAGUCUUCUCAGUUUUAAGAAAGGAGACAAGUUUAUAGUCACUUACAAAGACGAGGGAGGCUGGUGGGCCGCGCAAAAUUUAUCAAACAACGAAAUCGGAUACAUCCCUUCAUCGUUCGUUGAGGUGAGGAAUAUCUGUUUGUGUUUUCUUAGUGUAUCAGUGCAUCUUCUUGAAAUAUUGGGUUUUCGUAGUAAAAAUCUUAUAUUAUUUGAUAUUUAAAUUAGCGAUAAGCCUUCGGAUGUUGUGGUCGGCGUGUGUUGCACAAAUAAUUAUAAAUUAUUCGUGCAGGUUUCCUCCUCCCGGAGAAAUGUAUUGCAUGUAUCGUUGUGGGAUCGUUGUUUUAUUUUGACUAUUUUGUUUCUUCUUUGCUAAAGAGCUACACUUUUUGUUUGAGUGAGCUGACUAUGUAUGAAUUUUAAACACUAAGAUUGCGGAUUUAGCUUCUAAUACGAAGCGAUCGCAAAAAAGCGUAGAAUUCCUCAAUAAUUAUGUUCCUGAAAAUGGGAGGAAAUCACUAGAUUGAAGUAUUAGCUUCCGCAUGUACUUAUAAAUCGUCUUCAGUAUUCCAUUAAGUUUUUUUGAGUUAUCCCAUUUUUUUGCGGAUUCUCUUUGUAUCUGAAUCAUUUUAGCUAAAAAUAUUGAAUAUUCGCUUCUGUAUCGCGGCUCAGUGACAACCGAUGCGUCGGUCAAUCUGAAACGUUCAUUAUAGUAUUGCCAGACACAGCGCUGCAGAAAUAACAAUUUAUCUAACCACCACGUUGCACAAAAACGAAAUCGGUUUUUCAUUGGUAGAAACAACCUUGUUUAGUUCAUUGUUCAGGACUAUCAUGGGACUUAGAUGAGGUUUGCUAAGGUGAUGGACGUGUCCGAACAGUUUCGUGUCUAAGGUUUCGUGUGAUCGUCACCCUGUCAGGAAAAAGAGUACCUUCACCCUUACAAAUGAUUGCAAUAAGUUGAAAAGCACACUCUGUUAUUUUUUACGCUGUUGUCAGUGUUGUGAGCUACGUAAGUGCAGGUAUGCCAUCUUUCUCCAUUUAAUUUGUGAUCGGGAUUUCAUCGUGUAAUGACUCGAUGUUUACAUAGUCUGGUAGGCUUCUUAGGCUUUGUAUUUUGUGCUGCAUACCAAAUUAGCAUGCCGCUGUAGAAAGCAAAAUUCUGAAAAUUAGAGGGGAUCGUAACCCCCGAAGAGAGAUCUUUUUAGUUGCUAUGGCCAGGUUAUAAGAACUGUUUUUUUCUUUCUCUUUGGAGAUAAACUGCGAGAGACCUUUAGCUCGGAUAUUUGGGAACGAAGUCGAUACUGAUUCACUGAACCAACGUAACAAUAUUACUGAAUGUUUCUUUUAUUAUAUAUUGGAAGAGCGGGAAAGAUAAUGAAUAUUUUCCAAACGAAUUUUAAAUUUCCUAAAAAGAACACGCGAACACGGUAGAAAAUUACUUGAGUUGAAAACUGCAUUUCAUCUGCAGUUGGGCAGUGUAAUGCUCAUUGUGUUCAAAACUCCAGAUCCAGGAACUUCACAAACGUGCAAUAUCCCAAUUUUCAACCUUUGAUAUAAUAUUUCAAGUGUCACAUUGGAAGCUUCCAUAUAUUAGUGAAUUUUAAUACUACUAUGAAAUAUCAGGCUUACACACAUCAGCAUUUUAUCAGGGAAAAUUAUUCUGCGCUGUAUAACUGGCUGAAUGGACCAAUAUUUCGUGAGAUAAAAAUGGCUAAACCAGUGAGCUUUUCCGGUUGUGGUUUAAGAGCCGGCCGCGUCAUGGUUUCGUAGCUUUUUGUUUCCGAUUUCUUGGCUAUUUUCAAUCUUUUCUUUUCGGAAUUAGCAAGAUUUACACAACAAUCAAACGUAAUACUGUUUACCAAAUUAGGGGAUCGAACCCAGUUUCUUCACGCGCAAUCUCCUUCAAACUAUUUCCCGUGUGUUGCUCAAUUUCUUGUUUUAGUAACUGAUCGGCGGUCGAGCUGAAAGUGUAACAACAACUACCCUUCUGUCCAAGGUCAGUAUGCAAGCAUUAGCUGAAAUGAUUGAUUUUUUAUAGGUUCGAAGUGGUUUUAUCAGUGAGAAGAAGGCGAAUGAAGUGCUAAACGCCGUUCGCGAAAAUUUGUUUACAGGUGUAUAAUGCAUGUAUGGCGCCUAUGCGAAGGGGAAAGGCCGCCAGCAAACUGCUUUAACUUUCGGCAUUCACUUUGUGAAGGCUGCAAAUUGUCCUUUUGCUUCUACCUCAUAUGCCUUAGGAGUAUAGCUUUUCAUAGAUAUUUUCAAUGGACAAAAAUAUUCCUCAGAGGAACCAAAAUAGAAAGAGCAAUAUGCUUGUCAACAUCGCCGUCUCUCACGUCAUUUCGGUCGCAAGCGAGCCGUUUGCUGCGAAAAUUGUAAUACUGUGCUAUUUUUAUAAAUCAUUUUCACACUUACUUCACCAAGCCUUCUUGCAGAACAAUAUUGAAGCAAAUUUUCUUUUCAAAAGGAUCGUGUUUGUGAUUAAUCUGCCUCUUGUUUGUUUUCUAAAAAUUUUAAAAUUGACAGGAGAGCUUCGCGCGAUUCACGCGGGAAUUUAGUUGAUUUCUACGCUCUUGAUUUUCUCUAAGUGUUUCUUAAAUAAUUGAUUGAGAACAUGUUAUGUGCUUCAAAAUCUUGCUGGAUUUUGUUCUGCCUUCACGCUUAAAGUUUCCUGGGACAAUAAUAUCUCUAAUUGUCUCUUUGUUGUGUAAAUACGGCGUUUUGUUGCCCUUUAAAAUUUCCGUAGCAUCCUUUCGCCGUUUGAAAAGUGCAUGAUAUAUUAAGGCAAGAGCUGUGUUGUUCUUAAAGUCAGUGAAUUCUGUAUUUUCUCUCAUUCCACUCGCAGUUACGGUAAUUAGACAAUGGUUCGAAACGUCCUUUUGCAAAUAAGCUCAUGUGAUAAAAUCAAACAUCGCCCAUGCCUUGUCUGUGUGCCUUUGCGUUAUAAAAAAAGAGAUUGUCAAUACCUCUCUAAAAUGUUCGUUAUAUCACACAGAGAUCCCAACAUGGUUCCUCUAAUACCUUUCAGCUGUUUGUUAUCCCAGCUGUACUCAACGGUAACCAAUCAGUUAGCCCACGAGGGUGUAUAAUAUGAUUUGAAAACCAACACGUUUCGCAUUUUUCAAAUUUUGUUUUCUUCAUGAUUUUUCUCUCAGCAUAAUUAGGAAGUGUCUAUAAGUUAGAAAGAAUGUCAACAUUUUUUGAUAGAUAAACAAGUUAUGUCACGAUUCACGGUCUGGCUAUUUGUGUAUACCAAAAAAGAUGGAGGUGAAAUGCCUUUUGUGUUGGUUUGCUUUUUGUCAGAAUUGAAUUAUAAAGUACCUUGUAAGUGUUCAAGUAGUACAUGGACAUGCAUGAAGAUUUGAACUUGCAAAAGUUUUUCAGAAUUACAUUUAAAGCAUGGACAACCAAACGUGAAUUCCAUGCCACUGUCAUAAUGUGGCUAUGGGAUACAUGUUUUUUAAUAAAAGCAUUUUGUAUCAAUUAACUUCAGCAGCAUGAUGUAUGUGCAUCAUUGGCCUGAGAUAUUUAGGGAACAGAGAGAAAUCCAUUAAAUUUGGAUAAGGGUGGUUUUUGGAAUUAAAAAAAAUAUAUACUGUGUAGCCCAGUAUGAAAGAAAAUGAUUUUUUAGCUUAAGUUCAUCCUCCAAACCAGUUUUACAGCUUGCCAUUCAGGCAAGCUGUAGCCAUUAUGUACUAGCCCAGAUUCAUUUCAGCUAGCCCCAAAAAUUUUUUGAUGAGCAGGAUCGGUUGCACGUUUUUUCUGUAAUUUCAAUUCCCCUAAAAAACUUUACUUGGCUGUUGGGCAAGUUACAUGUAAGAACAAAAUUCACUAGCCCUGGGCUAUUGGACUCUUCUAAUUCUUUGGAUGCUGCAUGUAAUCUUAGUUGAGCUUCAAGGAUAACACCAGUGAUAGCCUAUUGAUAUUGUGUGCAUAAAAAAUUUUUUCAAAUAACAACUCUGAUAAUGGUAGUAGCAGUUACUGAGGGAACAAGCCAAAGAAGGCUUCCAGACUAAAUAAUUGCAAGUUAAAACCUAAUGAUCUUUAAAAGUUCUGUUGCCUUACUUGAAAUGAAACACUUUGACUCAUUAUUAUACAUGCAUAUGUGAGGAGUGAUACAAUAUUAUAUAUUCCAGGUCGUAAAGAAUACAGCCAAUCAGAAUGCUAGAAAUCUGUUUUAUAUUGCUUGUCUGUAACAUGUCAUAUUUCAUGAAAAAGUCUUGGUUGUGCGUGCAGCCACAAUUUUGCACCACUGAAAAACAGAGAAGAUUGUGACUGGCGAAACUUUUCAGUCUACAAAAAUUGUCCGUUGUGACUUUGUGGACCACCUCUUAAACCUAAUUUUGGGCCGUCUGGAAGCGGAAGUUUAAAUGUAAAACAAAAACCGACUACAAUGGACAAAGAAAUUAUGAAUUUUAAUGGUCCAGCAACAAUAAGAAACCAGAAAAGUAGUGUCACAAAGACUGAAUUAGAUGUAAAGAAAACUUAUAUUCAUUCAACAAUAAACUUAACUGAAAUACCGCCAGAAAAUCCAAUAGUUGUCUUUGCCAUUUUCUUCAAUCAGAGGUGCAUACAACUAAAUUUGUUGACAAGCUGUUAAUCACCUGGAUAAGUGUACCUACCUUUGAUGUAAACAUUGCUUCAUUUUUUUGUCUUUUUUCUUCUCCACUUAUUAGUCUUACUUGCGUAAGCAGCGAGGCUGGUAAUCUGCAAGCCGUUUUUGUUCUGCAUAUUAUUUUAGCACACAAAAAGGUGGUUGGGGUCCCUGGCCUUCCUAGCAGAGAUGGUGGAAACUGGGAAUAAGAAUUGUUGCAUGACCGAAGCCACCCAUGUUUUGCGAAGAAAGCUUAGGAAAGAAUAAUAAAUACUAUUUAGAGCUUUUGCGGAAUGGUUCGGUCCACAAAUUCUACCCCUUGAAAGAGAUGUUAACUUUGGAACAAGUGAACACUUCAGUGGUCAAAAAAAGGGAAGAAUCUUAAUUAGUAGAGGGUAGCUGGUCGGGUGUUGUAAACAUUUAUCGUAUGCAAAAAAUGGGUCUUGUGAGCACACUGUUCCACCGUCACUUGCUUGAAACAAUGUUUUAGGUUGUUUGGUUUCUAAUAUUAUCAUUAUUAGAAAACAGCUCAGCUAGCUUCAAACAGUAUUUUUCGGUGAAAUUUCCUAGAGAUAGUUAGUUAAAGCCAGGUCCUUUUCUUUUUUAAUUUCUAUUUUCAAAUGAGAAGAUUUCAAUUGAAACUAAUUUUGAUGGGCAAUCAGUGAUGAUCUCUGUGUUCAUUGUUGUUUUUUUAGUGUGUAGCAGUAGUUGAUCCAUUGACAUUAAACCAAAUGGACGUGACAGCAAAACAGCAGAAGAUAAAAAUGGAUGCUUUGUGUGAACUCACAGCAAAGAUAUCUCAAAAUCCUAAUCCAGGUAACAUUUGAAGCAUAGAUAAAAUGGCCUAGGAGGGUUUACAUGUACAGUGUAUAAAGGGGGUGGGGGGGGGGAGGGUCUUAUAUCCAGGGAUCAGCUUAUAACCGGAUUAAAAAAAGUGUUUGAAAAGAAGCUGCAUUGUACGUAGUGCUGAUCAAAGUACUUUUUGAAUAUAAUUGCUUUUUUCAACUUCAAAAAGUCAUACAAAUCAAAUGCAUUUCAAUAAAAGCUUUAGGGGAACUUAUAUCUGGGAGAGCUUACAACAGGAUGCAUUUUUUGUUUGCAUUUAGAAAGGACUAUAACUGGGGGGAGGGGGCUUGUAACUAGGGGGGAGGCUUCCAAGGGGAGGUUUAUGGUGUAUUGGAAAAGCACACCAAUUACCAAUGUGCAAAGAAAAUCUUGUCCGAUCCGAUAGCCCGGGGCUAGUGGAUUUUGCUAUCGGGCUAGCGAUUUUUGUUCUUAACUUACCUGACGGGCAAGUGCUGUUUUGGAGGAAAUUCAAAUUACAGAAGGAUUGUAAUCAAUCCUGGCAAUCAAAAAGGGUUUUGGGGCAGUUGAAAUGACCUGUGGGCUAGUACAUGCUAACUACAGCUUGCCCAAAUGGCAGGCUGUAAAACUGACUUUCUUUGCACCCUGAAUGACUUAUUGAAAAAUUAAUGUUAACUUUUUUGGCAUGUUAACCAUUACUGACAGCUCUGUAAUAUGACAAUUUGUCUUGACAUUUCUUCAUAUUGGUGUUUGGCAUUGGUGUUAGUAUUUUAAAAUGGCAUAUCUUAUCCACGUAAUAUGUAUUGCUGUAUUGGUUUCAUGUAGGACGGUAUCAUCCACAAUACCCAAGAGAGGAUUAUCUUGAUGAAUCAACUCCGCCAACAACUCCUGAGUUCAAAAGAAAAACAACACCUCUCUCUACCUCUAGGGAACAAGAAGAAUUGCGCAGAGAUCUCAAGUUUAGCCAACAAAGGUGUGUUUCAGUACAGUGUAGAACGUUUCAUUGUUUAGCGCUUAUUACAAACCAGGUUGGCACCAUUUCCAAAAUGUCUUGCAUUAAGUCCCUUGAAUUCAAAACAUUUCAUAAGUUCUUGGUGGUCUUAAAAUUUUAAUCAAUAAAUUGUAUUAUUGUGAUCUGGUACUCCAUAGAGUUGAGGUAUAAGGCAUUGCUCAGUAUGGGUGUUGAAUGACCCUGUUUGUUUUGUUUUUUAAAAAUCUUUUUGCUAUUCCUGCAAAGUAGCAUUGUUCCAAUUUUUCGCCAAAACUGUUUUUACCCUUGUUUUUGUUCUUGAGCCCUCUAGGAAUUUCAGUGUUUGAAUUCAUUCAAGUACCUUUCCUCAUAAAGUGGAAUACCAACUCCAUUCCCCUCAAGGGUGAUUCUGCCUUAACUUCUGAUUCAAUGUCAAAUUCUCCCUUUGUUUUUCAAAAAUAUACCAGACAGCUUGAAAAACGAAACUAGCGGUAUAUCUGAAGUCAUUGCUGCAUGGGGAUUUUUUCUGGCACACCCUUGCUUCAUUUCUAAGGUGUGGUGUGUUAAUGAGAUGCCUAAGAAAGGUCAUCCUUAAAUUGACUGAUUUUGUUUUGUCUUUGUCUUAUUUCAGAGGUAUUCAGCUGGGUAGACCAGAGCUUGUUAAAACUUGGGAGAAAUUUGAGCAAAAGAAGUCGGUGAAAGCGGAAAAAGAAAAGGUCCCUGAUAGUGAACUAGAGUCAAGAUUUCGCAGCAUUUCACAGAAACAAGAGGUAAGAAUUGUGGCAUUGUGUCGUGGAAGCUUUUAUUUGUUAUUGUCGUUAUAGACACAACAAUAUUAAUAGAAGGCCAACUCAAGAUUCCCGUCUGCUGAUAGCUGACCAGGGUGAAGUCACAAGUCAACUUACAAGGCUCAGAGGAGUUAUUUGUGACCUUGACUGUAGUUAAAUUUUACAGUUGGUACCACAAAUCACUUUUGUUUCGCUGUAGAAUCAAGCUAACUGUCAUGCAAUCGAAUAAAUCUAAGAAAAAGACUGCCGAAGAAAGGAUAGGACCCACCCCAGACGUCAAUAUUUAGGGUGGUCUGUAAGAAACAGUUAGCUGUAUAGUCAGUAAAGUCAUCUGUUGUAACUUUUCUCUUUAGGAUCUCGAGAAACAGAAGGAAGUAGAAGACAGCAAACCAGAAUUCUUGAAAGUCAGCCUGAAGAAAUCCACUAGAGUAGUUGAAGCUACAAGCUGACCUGGAGAAUCAAAUUUUGUUCAAAGAAGAGAGUUAUGUACACAUCAGGUUAAAGUAUAUUAUAAACAGGCUGCUGUGGAUGUCUAGGAGGGAAGAUAACUACUAUAAGAAAAGUAAACUAUGUUGUUAUCAAUGCAGUAUUCAGGAACACCCAUGGCAUUUACAUGUAGAAUUAAGCCUCUUUGGGUUUCAUCUUCUCCACUCCACCUUUUAAGAAAGGGUGUGUUAAGGUUUAAACUUCCCUUUGAAAUGUUUUCGUUCAGUGGCCUUUUUCCCCUUAAAAGUUCCAGUGAACUUCCGUAGGGAGAGAAUUCCUAUUUUUUGCAGUCUCUCAUGUUUACAUUUUCAUGUAUGAAACGAUAAAAGAGGAAGUUGUCAGUCAAGAUUGACUUUCUAUUACUUCUCCUUUGCCAGAGACCCCUAGUUACUGCCUGUUUUUAUGCCACUCUCUAUCAUUCUGUCACCACAACACAUUUUUAACAGCUUUUUCAGGUUUUUGAUUUAUUAUUUUUUAAUGUCAAAUUAUUUGAGCUGAAUUUUCUGAUAACUAAAGAUAAUGGAGUGGUGUGUAACCACUGGAAUCCUUCAAAACAGUGGUAAAACACAGCUUGUUCAAUCUUUCAUUGCAUGGAUACCGAGGGUGGUGGAACUUGUCUGAGUCAGAAAGGUAAACUUUGUUGGCAUUCAAAGUGCACCACAGAAAAACUACAAAAAUGAGUACUGUUCAAAAUCACAGUCUUUUUUUUUCAGGUAACAGACAAUUUGAUAUCAGUGUUUCGUAUUCUUGGAAGUCAUCAUGAUUUAAAGUCCUUACUAAAAUUUAUUCAAUAUUAAAUGGCUAUUGAUAAAAAUUAUUAAUUUUUCUCGUUCUUAAAAUUUAUAUUUUCACCCGUCAUUAAACUUAAUAAAUAUUAGGCCCAAAUAUUUUUUCUUAUGUAAUCUUUACCUGCAAAAAUAACUUUAUUGAUGUUUCUACUUGAAAGAGUUAAUUGAAUAAUUAAUUGUAUAUUGUUGACAAAUAUAUCUUAGGUUGCAUGUGAUUGGGAAUCUGGAUUUAGAUUUUGAAAUCUGGAUUUUGGAGUCUGCAAUCAAACGCAAAAUCCAAAAACAGAUUUUACCCCCAAGAAAUCUCUCCUCGGGGUGGAUUUCAACUAAGAGAUCCAAAAUCCAGAUUUCAUUGAUUUCCUUUUUACCGUUUGAUUGGGAAAUCGGAUAAAGGAUUUGCAAAACUAUUCUCAUGAACAGCGGUCUUCUUUUUGCUACGCGUGCGCAUGCAAGACCACUGUUCAUAAGGACAGUUUUUUUAAAUCCUCUUUUGAAUUUCCCAAAAUGGUUGAAAGGAAAUUGCAAAAAAGAUAUCUCUAAAAUCUAAAUCAGUUGCACAACUGCUUGGAUGUACAGAUUGUAUUGUUUCAUUUUGACAUUUUUCUGACUAUGAGAGCACACUAUAUCUAAUACUAUCUUCUUGACAGCACCCAAAAGAUUUCACCUUAGCAAACAAAGUUGAAAUCUGCCGCUCUAUGUAGCCAUGCAACAUCCUCUACGUCCGCAUUGGCAAGUAAAAUAAAUUAUUAAAAUAUAUUGAGAGUGUAUUCGCCCCAUGUUAGGGAAUCCACUUGCUUGUGUUUGCUUGUGGAAUGUGGAAUCCUGGGCUCUGGAACCCAGCUCACGGAAUCCAGAAUCCCAUAAUGUUUGGAAUCCGGAAUCCAGAAUCUAGAGUCCGGUAUCUAGUUUUCUUUUAAAAAGACUGAAAUGCAGUACCUGGAAUGUGGAAUCCAUGGCAUGGAAUCCAGAAUCGAAGACUGUCUUGGAUUCCCUGAUAUGGAGCGAGUGCAUGCUAAUGCUUCUUUGAAAAAGUGGCUUUCUGUUUGUUAUUGUUCCAGUGAACUGCAUGUUAUUUUCUUUCACAGCUACGUCUGGCUGUGUGUUAAAAUUGUUGUUACUGUUCCUUGUGCAUAAGAAAUUUGCACACUUUUUGCAGCAUGUUUGCCAUUAUUUUGUAUUUUAAUAUAGUUCCAGUUCAGAACCAAGUUAAGUUAAAUAAUAUUAUUUUUGUAUUUUCUUAAUUUUGUUUAGAAAAGUAUCUACAGCAAAAGUACAAAACUAUUCUUAUAGAAGCACUGUCCAGUAGCUUCAUUUUAUUGUUUCUAGGAAUUCAUCCACAGACUAAAAGUCAGGGGCACCCAACUUUUUUCUGUAAAAUAAAUUUUCAAAGGAGGAGCAAGUAUCGCCUAAAAAUUUCAAAAGCUCAAGAAAGGGUAAAAAUUUCCGGAUAACCGCCCCACUCGUCUAAGAUAUUCGGAGUUUUCCUACUAAGUUACCUACGAUUUUCGCAGUUUUUUUCAUUAUUUUUAUUACCAAGAUAAUUGCGAUUAUUGCCAAAAAGGUGUCCUGAAAAUUUUGAUAUAAAAACAGUUGCCCCCUAUAAUUUCGGCUACUCCACGUCCUCAAACUUUCGACCGGACCAAUCAAGGUAACUAACAGUUUCGGACGAGGCGAAAAAGCCUCCUAAAACUUUCGAGACGACCCAAGCGCCCUGAGACAUCGCAACAGAUAGAUUGAUUUUUGGGCAGCUCCAAAUUAACCAAACAGGCUUCUAGCAUACAAAAAACCAUUUGAGGCUCUUCUGGCGUAUCAGGAAACAUUGGGUCAUUGGGUGCCCUUGUAAAAGUUAGAGCCACCUUGAACAGCACCAUAAACAGUACCAAAGCAAAGUAUUGAGAAAGUAGUGCUUAUGCGCUUUCGUUUAAUGAUCACAGUUCAGGAUUUCAUCCACACAAUCUGAUGCUUGGAUCAAGAGGAACUUAAUUCAUAAUGUCUUACGUUAAUGGUUAUUGCAUGCCUUUGUCUUUUAAGGUUGAGAUUUUUUUUGUAUAUACUGAAGUGUCAUACUGCAUUAUAGUGGAAAUAAAUAAGUAUUCAUAAAACUAAAGAAAGAAAGAAAUUUUAUUUGGUAGAGAAAUUUCUGUUGUUGAUUUAUUUCCUCUAACUCAGUAAUAAUUCAUGAAGAGCCAUUUUGAUUUCUGCAAACGUUUACUGCAAGAUUUUUUGCUUACUUGUGAUCUAUAAUCAUGUUGGUAAAAUCGUAAUCGUAAUCACAGAAAAGCAACUGUAAUUAUAAUGACAAUCAUCAAUCAUAAUAACCAGUCGUGAUAAUAGUCAACAUCAUAACCGCAAUCUUAAUUCUGGUCUUUAAUGAUAAUAAUCAUCAUUUAUAAUCAAUCCCAAUCACACAGAACUACAAUGAUGACUGUAAUUGUAGCGGCCUGGAUAACCUGCGUCCCCGUCCACCGCCGCUAACGAUCUAAAGAAAAUCAAGAGACCGGGAGCAAGCUUUACCCUAGUCAAACAAGAAAAAUUUGCAAAAGCUAAGCAAAGUUCUUCAAAGCGAAGGUUGAGUUUAAAGUGUCAGACAAUACCAAUACGCUGUAAAUUUACUACCCUUUUUUAGAGCUCC